GGCAGGUUCAGUAAGGUUUACUCCCCUAACAAUUUAUUUUUUACAGUCGGUUAAUUACAUUCAAUCUUUCUUACGCUUGACUUAUUAAUUAUUUUUUAUGAAGUAUUUUAGUAAAUGUGCACUUCAAAAUUUUCGAACAGGAUAAGUCCACGUCUGACUGCAUAAUGAGGUUAAUCCUGAAUAUCAUUAGACUGUGUCAUGUCUUCAAGUGAAUAAUUAACUGGAAAGACUCAUUAAUGCUUCAGUUUUUAUGUUUAUAAGUAGCAAUAAGUUGUAAAUGUACUUAAAUGAUUAAGUAUUACAAUGUUUUGUGAAGUUAAUUAUUUUUAUUCCAUGAAAUAUUAUGAACCAAAGUGGAGUGAUGUGAAUGGAAAGAAAAAUGAGAGUAUUAUUUCGUUAACUAGAUGGAAAAGAAGCAUUAAAUAAAUGUUGUAUAUAAGGCACAUGUCAUAAUUUAAGUAGUGAAAAAUAACUUUCAAAAAUGGAUAUAACUUCGCCUACAAAACCUCCUCGGGGGGUCAAGAAUUCAAAAGAAACAAGUGGUUUGUUGAUGGCUGUUAUUCGUACCUUAUCCACAAGUGAAUCAAAUGAGCAAAGAGAUCUCGAAAGAGCAAAGCUCGAACGAGAAUACAAAAAAUGUGAUCAAAGGCUCAAUGAAUUAGUUAGCAUUCAUAAGCAAGAUUUAGAGCAGGUGAUGCAACUAUUCAUUCAAAUGUCUACUAUGAUUACGAAUACCAGAGAUAAGCUUCGCUGUAUUAAAGAAAUGUUAAUUGCUUGUAAAACGUUGUUAAGUUGUAGAAGAGAUGAGCUGAAAAAGUUGUGGUUUGAAGGGGUAGAACACAAACAUGUUUUGCAAUUACUUAAUGAAAUUGAAGAAUUAAAAGAAGUUCCCUCUAAGUUAGCUCAUUUUUUGGCUAAUAAAGAUUACCUUAAUGGUACUAAAAUUUUAGUAUUGGCACUUAAUGCUGGUGAUGGUGAUUUAGAAGGUGUAGAAGCUCUUAACGAACUGAAGACUGAAUUGCAAGUUAAAAAAGAAAAAUUACAUGAAAUGUUGCUUUGGGAAAUUUCCAACAUAGUUUACCUUGAGCCAGUGAAAACAUUGGACUGUUCUUCGAAUAAUCAGAUUAUAACUAGAGAAAAGUUUAGAUGGAGGCAGAAAAUACUGGAUUCAUCCAGUAUCUCCAAUUCCUUUGAAAAAUCUUCCAGCGUUAGUUACGACAUUGAGUUAAGGAUGUUAGUUGAAUGUCUUGGUUUACUCAACAAGCUUAAUGAAUCUAUUGAAAGCAUAAAGAGCAAAAUGCAAGAUGAAAUCUUGAAUGUUGUUAAUCUGGUAUCAAAAGCUGUAGCGGCCAAUAGUGGGAACAAUCACCCUCUGAUAAAGCUCCUUGAGAUGUUGAUUGAUCAAUUGAGAAAAAUUGCUGUUCGAUUUAAAUCUUUACUGAAUGCUUUUGGAGAAGUAUCAAAAAAAUGUCAGGUGACUUUAUCACCAGUUAAUGGUUCUGAUAUUUGGAAUACUAUUCAAAAUGUUUUACAACUCCUGUUGACAGAUUAUUUAGAUAUACAGAAUACAGCUAAUGACCCUACACCGACUCCUGGUUAUCCAGACCAGGCAGCAGACAUUUCUACCUUUUUCGCUCGUAGAAGAAUUCAAAGGCCUAGGAAAUUUCCGUUAUUUAAAUUUGAAUACUCAUCUAACGUCAAUUUUCUCUCAAAAGAGCAGCAAGCUGCGGUAGCACUCUCUGAAAAUAAACAGCGUGGAAAAGUAUUGAUUUGUCCACCAGAACCAUUUAAUAUAACUAUAGUAUAUAAAACCCUUCAAAAAUUUAUUGAAGAGAUUGAAUCGUCAUUAUCGCUUCCUUCUGGCAAAUCUUGUACACUAAACACUUUUGUGAAUGAUUAUGUUAAAGAUGCGUUUAUAGGAAGAGAACAUACUCGUAUAUCUAUGAAAAUAGAAACUGCUACAAAGUCGACAAAUGCUUGGCGAGCACCUAUUACACCAAAUGAAGUCUCUCAAGUUGGACUACUGAAACCCAUACUUCAAAGUACAUAUCAAGUCAGCAAUGCUUUGAAAGAACUUGAAACACUACUGGAUUCCCUACCCAGACAUAAAAUUGAAGUUUUAGAAAUAUUAGUAAAUCUUAUCAAAAACUUUGUCGAAACUUGCUCUGCUGCCUAUCGAGGCAUCAUACAACCAGAACCUGAAGAUAAAAGGCUUUGCAGUGCCGCAUGGUUAAAAGACGAAGAUAUUAGUAGGUUUUUAAAAUCGUUACCAAACUGGAUUGACCUGCAAGCUCAAAAGUCAUUCUACCAUUCUGCGCGGCCAUUGAAGAGAGAAGAUACAACCGAAGAAGAAAGUCCUGAAGAUGUUCGGCAAAGAAAUAUUAAAGAAGCCGAAAUAUUAGCCAGUAACCUUGGUGAAGGUGGGAUUGGUCCUCAUGAAAUAAUAUCUGAUCCCUCACAGCUUAAGUGCCUUGCUCAAUUACAAGAAAGCAUGGAAUGGUUUGCCUUUAGAGUUCUUCAAAUUAAUGUAAAUAUUAAAAAAAGAAUCCAUGAAAGUCAAAAUGAACCCAAUAAUUUGAAUAAAUACUUAAGCCUUUUAAGUAACCUUUCAGAAGAAUUCGAAGACCUUGCAAGUACUUGUUUAUUAGUUCUCCAUCUUGAAAUAAGAGUUCAAUGUUUUCAUUACCUGCUUCCAAGAGGUUUUGUAUCGGGAAAGACCAAAGACAAUUCUCACGAUCCCGAUCCUCGAGUGCUAGAUCUUAGUAGAGUUUUAGUAUCUGUCGAUGAAGCUCUAUCGCCGAGCUUGCAGCCUCGAAAAUGUAAGUAUAUUUUUGAAGGCCUUGGUCAUUUAAUCGCUAAAAUAUUAAUGAGUUCUGCUCAAUAUUUGGAGAAAAUUGAUGAAAGUGCAAUACAUAAAAUGUGUAGAAACAUUUUUACUUUGCAACAGACUCUUAGUAACAUAACGAUGACUAGAGAAGUAGCCUUAGAUCACGCUAGGAGAUACUUUCAGCUUUUUUUUAUGACUCAAGAAGACAUAUUAAAUCAGGUUCUUGAAAAAGGACCUGAAUUUUCAGAGUUGGAAUACAUUAAUGCCUUACAGCUGAUUAAUCGCACCUAUAAUGAUCAAGAAGACCCGAGUGUAGCGCAAAAGUAUUUACAAAGACUGUCCGAUAUUUUAGGUGAAGUUGGAGUAACAGUUUGAUAUUUAUUUUAUGUUAGAAUGAUACUAAAGCUGUAUAUUAAUAUAGACGCCUGUAAAAAUUUUAACAAUAGAUGCAAAUUAUUUAUACAAAUCAUCAAUGUUAAUAUUAUUAUAUAUAUAUUUUUUUUAUGUUGUAAAGAAUUAUGCCAAAUAAUUUAUAAUAUAGUCGUAGGGGUAUGUACUGUAGUUCAUGUAUAAAUGUCAAUUAAGAAUGUUAUUUGAUAGUUCUUGCCUCAUUAUUUAUAUAUGAAUUCAGAAGGGUACUAAAUUAAAUUUAUAAUAAACGUUAUUUAUUUUUAUUUAUUAA